AAUUAUCAUUAUUGUUCAGUGUAAACAUGGAGAGAUAAGACUUUUGUGUAUAAGUUUACCGUUUUUUAAGCAACUUUCAUUGAAAGUUUCAAUGAAACCCAAGCCUUGAAUGAAUAACCAGCUUCAGCUGACUUCCCUCCUAGUUACUAUCCCCAGCAUUUCAACCAAUCACAAGUUGACAACACAGCAAUAUGUCUGCAUUUGCUUGCUUUGGUUUAAAGGGAAAGUGUGUUGACGUUGAUGAUUAAAAUGAUGCAAUUGAUUAACUUAAUUUCUUGUUUUCAAAAUUUAUCUUGAUGCAAGAUUUGACCCAUUAUAUCAGUUUGACGAAGUAAUCACGACUGUUUAGAUGCUAUUCUGUUUUAUACUUUGUUUAUCCACUGUUUCUUAUGUUGUUGACCAACACCCUACAACGCAUCAAAAUGUCUCCACUGUGAACCCUAUGUCUAUCCCUUUAUCUAUCCUUAAUUCUGAUUGUUAAUUUAUUUACUUCAUAAAUUUAUUCAAAUUUAUUAUUUUAAACAUGUUAUCUGUAAAAAAUUUCAACAUCGAUUCUAAUUUAAAUUGUUCACUAUCAUCUUCACCUAUGUCUCCUUCCUCAGAUACAUCAAAUGAGGAAAACUCAUUUCAACAUAGCUUGGGAUUCGGUGUUAAUGAAAGCAAUCAACAUAUUAGUCUAAUGGGUGAUGGUAUUACAAGUUUUGCCGGUACCAUUACUGGUAAUGGUACCUCCAACAGUGGGUCUUCUGGUGUCAAAAGGAAAAGGGAAAAACUCGAUCAUCUAUCUGAAGAGGAAAAGUUGAUGAGGAGAAAGUUAAAAAAUCGUAUUUCUGCUCAAACAGCAAGGGAUCGUAAAAAAGAGAAGUUAUCUGAAUUGGAAUGUAAAGUUAAUCAAAUGAGUAAAGCUAAUUGUCUACUCUUAAAAGAAAACGUUGAAUUGAAAAAGAAGUUGGAUCUCAAUAAACUAAGUGAACUUCUAAAGCAUAAUGAACAAUUGCAAGCUGAAAACAAGCAACUCAGAGAAAGGUUGGAUGCAUUAGAAAGUAGAAUCAACAAUGAUUCUAUUCGAGGAACAGCUCAACCAUCCGUUCGCAACAUGUCUCAAAAAUCAAACAAAGUUAAGGUCGAAUCUAAUAGUGAAAGUUUAGUCACUGAGAAAUCAAAAGUUAACUCCAUUGAAUCUGCAGCAUUCAUUAGUGGCUCUCUGCCGAAGAACCAGGAGCGAACCAAAGAGAUCUCAGCGAUUUGGACCAAGCUAUUAGUUCCCUUAUUAAUUUUGAUGGGGAUGAAUGCGAAGAAAUCAUCAAAUGGUUACACCGAUGUUCAGAGCAACUAUUGGACCAAAAUAUCGACCAACUAUCCGAAGACUCUGGAAUUGAAGAUGGUGGAUCCCAUUCUGAUGAAGCAUCUAACCGAUUAUCUCCAGCUUCGGAGGAACCAAAAGAGAGAGAUUUGGAAUCAAUCAGGGACUUGAUCACAUUUGAUCACAUGUACCAUCGAAAUGAUUUUCUGGUGCAGCCACAAGUAGAUGAAAUGACAGUCACCACAACGUCCCCUAUUACAGUUGAAACUGAAUCCAUUUUAACAGAUAACUGUGUAAAGAAUACAACUUCUUUCUCCGAAAACUCCCCAAAACCAUCAACAUCCAACACAAGCUCUCUCUGCUAUCCAUCAUUACCUCAACCAAAUGAUAAUUUGGUUAACAAGCCUUUAAACUUUUUCAAUCCAAUAGAUUCCAGUAUAUUAUCCAGUGAAAGCGCUUUUUACGAAUCAAAUCUUAAUCUAUUUGAUGACUUGUUUCCUGAAUUGAUUUAAAUAUAUUUGCCUAUACAUUUCCGUACCCUUUAUUUUAUACCCUGUAAUCAAUUUUUUUUGGUGUCUCCUUUACUGUUAAUUCCCUCUUAUAUAAUUUAACUUAUAAUCGCAUGUCAUGAAUUUUUCUUGUUCUGUGCUUAUAAAUCAUUCUACAAAUCAUUCUUAAAGAAUG